UAAAUUCGAUUUUUAACGAAAGCGAGGAGUUAUCGACGUAAACAAAAUUGAAUUAUAGAAGUGAAGCCCCUGGUCGUGCCUCAUUUAGAGCAACUACACCACAGCAGAACGUUUAUUACAGUGCGUCGUGCUAAUCAAUGAUACUGGAGAUAAGAGUGCAAUAAAGUGAAAAGAAUAAGGUUACCAUGUUACGAAACAAGUUAAAUAGGCAAAAGUCGGACAAAUCUGAACUUAUUACAAAAGUUUAUUGCUCACAAGUGAAAAUUUGUCCUGUUAUAAGUUCCGAAGAAACGCUUUCUCGGCCAGAACACGCUGUCCCAGAAAUUAAAGUGACCACAAAAGGAACUGAAAUGCUCGUAGAAUCGGGACGAUUCUCCGACGACAAUGUAAAAGCUAAAAGGCAUUUUCCACAACUGAAAAACAUUGACGUUUGCAUACCUCCGAAAGAAAAAAUCGCAAAUCUCAUAACUCCAGACAACCUUCAAUCGGAAAUCCUUUUAUCCAUAGUUAACAACACGGAAUAUAAGAAGAUAAAACACCAGCGAGAACAGAGACAAAUCAAUUGUCAAUAUCCAAUAACUGAUAACCAUAGCCUUCAGCCCUUGAGUUUAAUGAGUUCUCACAACCUUUGUGUGUGUGACGAUGGCAAGCAAGAAACCCUUUCUCUGAUGGAAGAAUUGGCAAUGUUAGAUAAUCCAUCCGUUAUGCCUUCGGGCAAAAUUUGGCCUAGUAGUUUUAAGGAAUGUCCGGUUACGAACAUGGAUUCUGGAUUUGAAGAAGAAAAUUCAUUUUCCGAUUUUGGCUGCUACAAAUUGGAUAAAUCUGAUUCAGUUCAAUCAAGGGACAACGAAAACACUACAAUAAAAAAACAAACAAAUUCCAUUCAGGCACUGAGUGAUAAUUUGAAGGAGCUCAGAUAUAAAACGACAGAAAUGCGCAACGAACUGGCCGUAAUAAGAAGAGAUUUUUAUGAAGAAGAUUUACGAAUAAGCCGUCUUCUGAAAGAAGCAAGGUCGCUUCAUAGAAAAAUCGAAAAAGGAAAACACCUGGACGAUUUUGUAAAUUUAUUGACUGGCAACCCAGAAAAUUUAAAUUCUGGCACAUGGCCGUUUCGCAUAUGCGUAAAAAGUGAAACAGGUGAAAUGAAUUUAAUUGUGUAAUUACGAAGCCCUUGAACGCGAGGGUAGCGCCGUGUUAUGUCAUUACUCCGUUGUCCUGGUUACGCCUUUGAUUAUUAAAGGAGCCGAUGAACCUGUCAAAAUGGCGAAAAAGGGCCAGGCAGUACAAUUUCAAACAGAACUCAACAGCGAUGAAGAUUGGGAAAAAUUCAUCGCUAGAGAAGGUCUACUUAUUAUCGAUAUUUACUCAGAAUGGGCUGGCCCAUGCUCGUCGAUGGCACCAAACUUAAAAAAAGUCAAGCUCGAAAUUGGUGGAGAUUUAGUGCAAAUGGCCAUUGCAAACAAUGAAAACAUCGAAAUCCUUAAGAGAUUUCGAGGAAAAAGUGAACCCACUUGGAUGUUUGUGGCGGGUGGAAAAAUGGUUGGUAUCACAUUUGGAGCAAAUGCGCCAAAACUAAACAAAUUUAUCGCUGAAGAAAUAAAAAGGGAAGAGGCUUGUCUGAAAGGCGAACGUGAGAGAAUUAUGUACGAAUUCGAGGAAUUCAUUGGAGAAGAAAGGGAACGUUGGGAAGCCGAACAAGAGAUAAUCAAAGCUGCCGAAGCGAUAGAAACAGCGAAGAGAGAGAAACAAAAGCUGGAAUGGCGUACAAUAGUUGCAGAAAAUUGCUUGGAGAAUUUCCCGGAUUAUGGAUGUGCGAUUCUCUUUCCUCAAUGUAAAGUUGAAGCCAAGCCCGUUGUGGCCGACGCUCUACAACAAAACGGUAUAAAUUUGUUCAAAGAAGAACCGGUACAACUAACUGAACAAAUGAUAGAAGAAAUACUAUAUUUUUCCGAAAUGACGUUCCUCGACGAAGAAGUAGAAGUUUUACUCAAAGAUAGAAGCAGUAUUCUUCUUCUUAAACCGAGCGUAGCAGAAUUACCAGCGCCAGUUGAUCAGGUCGUCCUGCAAGCAAUUUAUGGUCUUUCAAAGCAGCCACCCGGUGAUCCAGACAGUCCCGCGUUACAAUUCUUCGCUCCACUUCCUCCGCCUCCAAAGGAAAAAAAGACAGAGGGUGGAUUUGAAGGUUUAGGAGACAUUCCACUCGGUCUUCCUGGGUUGGGAUUACUUGGAGAUGAAGAAGAAGCACCAGUAGAAGAAGAACAAGAAGAAGAAGUCGAAGAAGAAGAACUUGGACCACCCGUUACCGGUGUAUGGGCUCCUCCGAAUAGUUACACGAGAGCUUUCAUAAUCAAGAACUGCUUCCCGAAACUUCAUGCUUCAAUCGCGUUGGAAGAACCCCAACCUACACCUCCCCAUCUUGCUAUUGCGUUUGACGCCUUUAGAAGACGUGAAAUUUUGGAACUGGUCGAGAAUUAUCCCAACGAAGUUUUAAGAUAUGGCUUCUUUACAUCAGAAGAUCCCGAUAAAGCGCAACUCAUCGCUAAAAACGUUCGUAAAUUCGAACAAUUACUUGCCAAAAAAGUUCCCACGUAUGAAGAAAGGCUGGUAAUACAGCUCUCAAAGAAGAAGAGUGAAGCAGUUUUAGCUUUCAUAACUGUCAACCCUACCCGUGUGAGCAAUAAUGUUGUAGAUGGUGAAGAAGAAUGCAAGAAAUUCUUCCCCGAGGGUUACGACGAACCAAUUGAAGAAGAAGUUGUCGAAGAAGAGAAACCAAAGAAAAAGAAAAAGAAGAAGGCUAAAGAAGGAGGGGAAGAGGCUGCAACAGCCGCGUCUGUCGCAGAAGCCGAAGAAGGUCCCGAAGAAGGUGGCGAAGAAGGUGGUGCAGAAGGGGAAGAGGGUGGCGAUGAGUCUCCAACAGAGGUAGGAGAAGGAGGUGAAGCUCCUCCACCACCCGCACCAACAUCAGAAGCUCCACCAGUGGUACAAGCACCACCACCACCACCGACGGAAGUACCACCACCAGCGGAAGCAGCAGCACCACCAACAGAAGCACCACCACCGCCACCAGCAGAAGCACCACCGCCACCAGCUGAAGAAGCAGAUAAAGCUACAUCACCAAUUCCUGAAGAAUAACAGUUUCAGUUGUUAUAUUUUCAUUACUUAAUUUAUUUUGUACACAAUUUAUUUUAUUAUUUUACUGACAAAC